UGGUGGCUAACCCAAGACUUGAGCAUUAUCACUACCUCCAUUACUUAGAACAAGAUUACCAAUCCAUUCCAUUCCAUCAAUCCCAGAUUAAGCCAACCAGCCAAACAAGAGAUUAGACCGUAAGCCAUGAACAAUACUAAGCAUCACUUCCUCCUCAUAUCAUGCCCUUCCCAAGGCCACGUCAACCCCACUCUCCAGCUCGCCAAGCUUCUUAUACAAACCCGUGGAGGGACACGUGUCACUUACGCCACCACCGACCGCGGCCUCACCCAAAUCAAAUCCUUCCCUUCCCUCCAAGGCUUAUCAUUCGCUACUUUCUCCGACGGGUUCGAUGACGGCGUCGAACCGACCCACGACCUGGACCUCAUCAUGUCCAAGAUUAAGCGCGUGGGAUCACGCACCCUAACCGCCCUGAUUCAAAAAUUGUCUGCCUCCUCCGACGGCGGCGACGGCGAGCCUGUUACUUUCCUCAUCUACGCCGUCCUCCUCCCUUGGGCCGCUCAAGUGGCAGCUGAUCUCGGCAUACCCUCCGCUUUCUUCUGUAUACAGUCCACCACUUCCUUUGCACUUUGCCACCAUUACUUGACUUACUUUCACAAGUGCUGUUCAUUUCCAAGCUCCAUAACAAUUGAUGGGUUGCCCCCCUUUGCCCCCCAAGAACUGCCUUCCUACCUCCUCCCAAGCAGCCCACAUGCUUCGAUCGUCCCUACCUUUCAGGCACACAUCCAGGCCCUCGAACAGGUCAAUGUCAAACCCUACCCCAAUUUCGUGCUGCUCAACACUUUCGAUGCCUUGGAAGAGACGGCAUUGGAAGCGAUCCGAUCACACAUGAAGAAUGCGAAUGUGGUUCCGGUUGCGGUUGGCCCAUUGGUUUCGAGUUCCAGUGAUGCCGAUUUUCGCUGUGACUUGUUUGACAAGUCUGGGGACGACGAUUACCUACAAUGGCUUGAUGCCAAACCAGAUUGCUCUGUUGUUUAUGUGUCAUUUGGGAGCAUGGUGGUGUUGAAGAGGGAUCAAAUUGAAGAGAUGAUGAAUGGACUGGUCGACAGCGGACUCCAGUUUUUAUGGGUUAUUCGCACUUCGGAGAAUGGAGAUGAUCGGAGCAUGACGAUGAUGAUAGAGGAGAGAUUAAAGAGUAAGGAGCAGGGGUUAGUGGUGCCGUGGUGUUCGCAGGUGGAGGUGUUGGGGCACAAGUCAGUCGGGUGUUUUGUGACGCAUUGUGGGUGGAAUUCGACGUUGGAGAGCUUGGUAGCUGGGGUUCCAAUGGUGGGUUGCCCACAAUUUUCAGACCAGAACACAAAUGCGAAACUGGUGGAGGAGGUGUGGGGGACUGGACUGAGAGCCAAAUCGAAUCACGAGGGAGUGACUGAAGGUGGAGAGAUCAAGAGGUGCCUGGAGAUUGUGAUGAGAGGUGAAGAGAUCAAACGGAAUUGUCAAAAAUGGAAAGGCUUGGCUAAUGAGGCUCUCAAUGCAGAUAACUACAAUCUCAGGCACUUCAUUGCAGGGUUGGGAUGAAAUAAAACUCCAAUCCUAUGGGCGGGCGCGCCAGAGGCGGUUGAGGCAGCGUGCACACACGCUUGCACCUAUUCGACUUUCUUUCUACUCUACUCUUUUCUUUUGUUUUUGCUAAAUAUCUUCAUCCGAGCGUGUAAUCUCUAAUUUCCUUAAAAACUUCUUAGGAUGAAAUGGGUCAGAUAUAUUACAUGUAUGAAGUAUUCUACAUUUACGCAA